CCGGGACUUAUCCGGCGGCGGCGGCGGCGGCGGAGCUCGCGGGGCCCGACUCGGCUCGGCUUGGCUCGGCGGCAGCGGGUGCGGGGCGGUGUCCGCUGCGGACAUGGCCAACAUCGCGGUGCAGAGGAUCAAGCGGGAGUUCAAGGAGGUGCUGAAGAGCGAGGAGACGAGCAAAAAUCAAAUUAAAGUAGAUCUUGUAGAUGAGAAUUUUACAGAAUUAAGAGGAGAAAUAGCAGGACCUCCGGACACACCAUAUGAAGGAGGAAGAUAUCAGCUAGAAAUAAAAAUUCCCGAAACCUAUCCAUUUAAUCCUCCUAAGGUGCGGUUUAUCACCAAAAUAUGGCAUCCUAAUAUUAGUUCAGUCACUGGGGCCAUUUGUUUGGAUAUCCUGAAAGAUCAAUGGGCAGCAGCAAUGACUCUAAGAACAGUGUUGUUAUCACUGCAAGCAUUGUUGGCAGCUGCAGAACCAGAUGACCCACAAGAUGCAGUAGUGGCAAACCAGUACAAACAAAACCCAGAAAUGUUUAAACAGACAGCUCGGCUUUGGGCACAUGUGUAUGCUGGAGCACCAGUUUCUAGUCCAGAGUACACCAAAAAGAUAGAAAACCUUUGUGCUAUGGGCUUUGAUAGGAAUGCAGUAAUAGUGGCCUUGUCUUCAAAAUCAUGGGAUGUAGAGACUGCAACAGAAUUGCUUCUGAGUAACUGAGCCAUGUAGAGAGAGAUGCUUCCAUAGUCCAGGUUGCCCCUUCUUGAGGAGCAUUCACCAUCUGUUAUUUUUAGGAUUCUAUAGAGAUUCUCUUUUAAAACUGGCACUCUUGCCUGAUGAUGCUAUCUAGGCACUAUUGGAGACUGAAAACUGCUCUGUAAAUAAAGCUAAUUAAACGUCUGUGUAAAUUUAAAAAGGGGAAAUACUUUAAUUUUUUUCUUACUAAAUAUUGUAAAAAUUCCUUGAGCUCAGCUAAAACAGUGGGGGACAAACAUGCCUACUUUAGUGUUUAGCAGUGUGACCAAGACUAGCAGGAACUUGCUUCAGGAUUUUGAUUUAAUAAUUCAGCUAACAUUGUGUCAUAGUCAUCAAAAUUGUUGGUGUCACUCAUCACAGCUAUCUUACUGUUUUUAACAUGGAUCCUAUGUACCUGUGGAUUUACCUAUAUUUGCAUGCUUGUACUUUACUAGACAUUUUAGAGGGGGUAGCUGAAGAGAGCACCAUUUAAGUACUUGAGUGUUCUUGUAAUCUACCUGAAAGAUUUUCAAGACUUUUCUAAAGUUCAAAAAUGGUGACCUGUUCAGAGCCUUUUUCUUUCCAGUGAAGUGACUGGGAAACCUGCUGAUCUUCCCUCCUCCUCCCCUUUAACAUGCAGCUAAACUGUCUCCGCCGACUCCAUAAUCUGUGGGUAGGUGUGCCAUUGACAGUAACCUAGUUUUCACUUCAAAUGGUAUCUUUUGAAUAACCAGUAAAAUGUUCAACGAUCAUACUUUUCUACACAAUCACAUAAAAGUUUGGUAUGUUUGGACAUAGCACAAAAAUGUGUAGCUGCUUUUUUCAUUUUGAAAUAGAAGUCAAAGCUCCUUCAAUAAAUUCUGGGUAGUAUGAAUUCAUGGGAUUUGAAGGAAGAAAAACUAAUUCUCCAAUGUAUUGAGAACUUUUUUUUUCUUUGAGUACUUGCUAUGAUGCAAUCAACUGUUUUUGUAACAGUUUUCUAGCUUUAUUUUGGGCUUCAAUGUAAGGAUUGCUUACCAGGUAAUUUAAAAAUCAUUCUUGCUUGCAUUUUUACCUAGUUGAUACCUGGAGGCUGUGUUGGUGUUUUUACUGUACAUACUUCAAAUGCACAUAGAAGUAGAAGCGUGUUCUCAAUUUCUUUCUUUUGGAUUGAUGUUUCUGAUAAAUAAGAGCUGAAAUCUUUCCUUCGCUUGUACAUACAGUCAGCCAUUCUAUUCGUAUUAAAAUGACAUUUCAUCCUGAGUGCAAAAGCUUGAAAAUUAUUAGUUUUGCAGUUUCAAAUGCUAGUACCUCCAUCUGAAGAAAGUUGUAAUGUUUUUAUGAAUAUGGUUACUUGCUUUUUGAAAAUACAUCUGACCUGAAACUUUCAACUAAAAUACUUAGAAAAGAAACUUAGGGUAGAGGCUGAGGAUUGUGGAUGAUAGGUACUGUAAAAGUCAUCUUUUCCAUUACUAUAUUUCUUUACCUAAACAAUAGAUCAGUUUGAGAGGAAAACGUACAAAUGCAAGUUUUUUUCCUUGAACUAUAAAGUAUAAGUUGAAAUAGUUUCACACUUUAUAGAUGACUUGGUUUGUCAGUGAUACUGGAAACAGUAAGGAACAUUAUUAAAUCUCUCAAAUAUCUGGGGCAAAGUAGUAGGGGGAACAGAACCAGAAAAUAAAGAUGGAAAAGAGUUAACUAAUGCCUAAUUCAGGAUGCUCCCUGCAGCAUUCUGAGGUGUCCAUACUUUAAAAACAAAGUUUUGUAGGACACAGACAAUAAUACUUUAACUCAUAUCAGUGCAAUACUAAAUGCAGUUGCUUAGUCUUUCUGUACUGCUUUCUAAGGUUUAUUCAGUGAUCGUAUUUCUUGGGUUUUUCUGCAGUAGUGUAAUUCAUUUUCAAAGAUGCCAAAGGAAACAAGAUUAUUUUUGUCUUUCCUUUAUAUUAUUUAUUUUUUUUAAACAAAAAGCUGCUACUGCUCAACUGGUUUGUUAGGUAAUAACCAGGGAUAGUAGAAAAUGGUGGCAACUCUGCCAUUUGUGCUAAAAUCUUGAGUUACUAUCUUCUCUGUUAUACAGUCCGAUAAAAGUUUUAUUACAUCUACACUUUUCUUACCCUGGUGGUAACUGUAAAUGUGGCUGUCUAUUCUUUCCCUUGUUCUUCACUGCUAUUUAUCAAAGGAAAGAGAUUGGAAUUCAUUUUAAAGGGACAUGAACUCUUACUAUAGGCUUCUGGGGUCUGCUAUUUGAUGACAGGAUGAGUCCACUGGGGACAUCUAUGGGUACCAAUCAAAAAAUAACCAACAUAAAGAUUUCAGUUUAUAUAAGGGAAUGGGAUAAGGAAGACAGUUGGAGGGAAAAGGAGAGAAUGGGCUUUGUUUUGUUUAUUGCAAUCGCCAAUUACAAAUUUUUCUAAUGUGAAGUUUAUUUCCCUUGCCCAGCUCCUUGUAUUCUUUGCACUGCAGAACCAUCUUCCCUUUCCCAUUGUGUUCAAAUGCAGAUUUGUACAACUCUCACGUGCCCUUUGUCCCCCUUACCCUGCGCUUGGGAACAGGGGUGGGGUAUUUUGGUGCUCACUGAGAUGCUGGCAAGAGGGCAGUUUCUCAAGACCUAGGCUGAGGAGAAGUAAUGACACAAUUAUUAGGCAGACAUUCACAAUUUGAGGUCCCUUUGAAUUUGAUAGUUGACUCCUUUAUAAGGAAUGUUUUUCUACUCUUGGUAAUUAUCAGAGUUGAAUAUAAGGGUAAUAAUUUACCAGGUUAGUUUAACUGCAGCUGGGGCUGAGCCCUAGGAAUCUUAAUGUUCCAUUGUUUAUCAUAGCAACUUUAUGAAGCCCAAAUUGUAGUUCAGUUUUCUGUGUGAUCUGAUUAGACAGCGCUAUAUUCAGGGCCCCGUGCAUUCAUGGAUGUAGAAUUGUCCUGUAGGCCACUCCCUGUUUCAGGCUGUGCAUUUACAACAUGCAUUUAAUGCAUCAUUCUGCAUACAAAUACUUCCCAGUUGAUAAACAGGUGCCCUAUCCUAAUCCGUCUGGAAGAUUGAAACAAUAAUUUAAUGUCCCCUGUUAUCUCAGUAGAGUGUUUAACAUUGGAACCAAAUGACUCCUGGACUGUCAACUAAAUUUCACUGCUGAAUUUCUUAAUAAACAUCCAGCUACUCUGCUGUAUUCCUUGUUGGUGGAUGUUAUUGCUGGGAAACAAGGUACUCACUCCAGUCUCUUUUGACUCCUUGCAAAUUUAAAGUGGCUUCUGGCUUUGUUCAGAGGCAGGGAGAAAAGAAGACAUCCUUCUCAUUGCCAAAGCCUCACCUACACAGGUGCCAAAAUUCCCAGUCAUGCCUCUGACCAGCUGCCAAACUUGCAACUUCUUGCUACAGCUUUGGAAAAGAAGUGGUGUUCUCAGUAUGACCAAGUGAUGGAUGCAUUUGGGGGGAAUGAGCACUUAUGGAGAGCGCAAUGUGGAUUGACUAUAAAAAUGCUGCUGUUCAUUCUCUGCAUGUAAGUUACCAGGUUUUUAAUUUUACCUGAACUUGCCACAACUCUCCGGUUUGCAGCAACAGGGGCCUUGCAGCGGAAUUGACUCUGCUUUGCCACAGAGUACAUGGGGCCUUGACUAUAAUCAGUCAGGUAGUAUUUAUUUGAAGAAUUAGGUAUUAAUUGUGUUGAAUAUAAGUCAGUUUUUUCUUUUAAUUAUAUUUAACUUUUUAAAGUAAGUUAGCAUUGGAACUCUGGCACAUGGAAUGUAGGGGAAAAAGAAACUUCUCUUGAAAGGCUAGAUUGACAUGCAUGAUAUGGAUAAUGGAAACAUUUAAACUAUGCAAAAUUAAACUCAACAGCUGUGCAUCAGGCCUAGCAUUUAUGAGUAUAAAUCACUCCUUGAUUUUUGGGAGCUGGGGCUGACCUGAAAGGAUUUAAAGUCAGAGUUCCUGUUUACUGUGAUAGUUGUAUACAAUUCAUGCAGUGUUCAGUUUUCAGAGCCAAGGGAAACGUAAUUGUAUGCAGGACCAUUGCGUGUUUCAGAUGGAGCAAAAGAGGCUGGUUUAUAUAUGGAGACAUGCCCAAGUGGGGAAGUGAUCAAUAUUUUAACAGUGGAAGUUAAAUUUCCUUAACAGCUCUUUGGGGAAGACGCACAAUGGAAUCUCAUAUGCUCUGUUGCUGUAUUUUGACUGCUGAGGCAGGGAUAGUGGGCUGGGAGUAGAUGUGAGGCAUCUUGCUGAAUGCAACCAUUGGUCCAGUAAAAUCUGGCGUUUUGUUUUGUAGAACUUGAGCAAUUGGCUAAGCAAGAGACACUUAAGAAUUCUCAUUUCUCCAUACUGCUUAGGGCACCACAAUACUAAUGUGUACAAAAAAGCUUUUCUGGGAAGACCAGGUAGAUGUUUUCACUGUUCAUAGCUUUAUUUUCCAGGCUGCAAAAAUUGUUUACUGUUUUAGUUUUCAGGUUGACUGACCUAUAAUAAACAAAUUGCAGUAAAACGUAUAGCUUGCUCUUCCCAUCUUUACUGAUAAUAGCUUCAUCAGCUGAUUCGCCAUUAGACAUGCAAGAUCAACUGUCCUUAAUACAUUCUGCUUCCCACUUAGUUAUUUCAGCUGUAAUGCUCUUUAGUUAAGCUCAGCAACUCUACUUUUUCAGACUUGUUCCCACUGGAGAAAUUGUUGCAAAUCAUUUGCACUGUACUGUGAUGUUCCCUUUCUGCUUACUGUUACCUGCUUUGUAGGCAUAAAAAUAGCUAGCCAGUUGCUUAUGAAGCUGAGCCAUUCAUUGAAAAUGUAAGUAACAUACAUGACUCAACAGAUGAGGAAAUGUACUACAAAAAUGCUGUAUUUGUCCAUUUUACAAUUUGUGACAAUUGCUGGUGCUUUGUUGUGGUGUCUGAAGGAGGCUGUCAUCAUAAGAAUGCUGACUUCAACUGCUGAAGAACCCUGCUUUUUCCAUCCCAAAUUUUGACUUUUUACAAGUUGGUAAUAAAGGAUACUGUAGGAGGUUCAUUACUGAGCAUCUAACUUCCUGUGAAGGAUGAGUGGGUGGGGCUGGAAUGCAGCAUCAGUGUUUUUUGUCUUGAAAAUAAAGACGACACAACACUUUUGUACACAAAUGAUUUUUUAAAUAAAUACACAUUUUAAAAGAUGUUGAUUUUCACUGGGAAUGCUUAACAAUAAAUGCAUGUUUCCCUGAAA